CAUGGGCCCUCUGGCUGUACAGUUAAGCUAAUUAUUCUGGUUGUUCCUGAAGGGCCUGAAGUAGUAAGUGUCAGGUGACUGGGGCCGCGUUUGCUGGCUUGAGCUUCUAAAUCAUGCCUACAACUCAGCAGUCACCUCAAGAUGAGCAGGAAAAGUUGCUCGAUGAAGCUGUUCAGACUGUUAAGGUCCAGUCUUUUCAAAUGAAAAGAUGCUUGGACAAGAAUAAAUUGAUGGAUGCAUUAAAACAUGCUUCAAAUAUGCUAGGUGAACUGCGAACUUCCAUGUUGUCACCAAAGAGUUAUUAUGAACUCUACAUGGCAAUUUCGGAUGAAUUGCAUUAUUUGGAAGUUUAUCUGACUGAUGAAUUUGCCAAAGGGAGAAAGGUGGCUGAUCUGUAUGAACUUGUUCAGUACGCUGGCAAUAUUAUUCCUAGGCUCUAUUUGCUCAUCACUGUUGGAGUUGUCUACAUCAAGUCAUUUUCACAGUCUAGGAAGGAUAUUCUUAAGGAUCUGGUAGAAAUGUGCCGUGGAGUACAGCAUCCCUUACGAGGACUGUUCUUGAGGAACUAUUUACUUCAAUGUACCAGAAAUAUUUUGCCCGAUGAAGGGGAAGAGACAGAAGAAGUUGUAACUGGAGACAUCAAUGAUUCUAUGGACUUUGUGCUACUGAACUUUGCAGAAAUGAACAAACUCUGGGUCCGAAUGCAGCACCAGGGUCAUAGCAGAGACCGAGAAAAACGGGAACGUGAGCGUCAAGAACUAAGAAUUCUUGUUGGUACAAAUCUAGUCCGACUUAGCCAGCUAGAAGGGGUUAACGUGGAGCGCUACAAACAGAUUGUGUUAACUGGAAUUUUAGAGCAGGUUGUAAACUGCAGGGAUGGUUUGGCUCAGGAAUAUCUCAUGGAAUGUAUUAUUCAGGUAUUCCCUGAUGAGUUUCACUUGCAGACACUGAAUCCAUUCCUUCGUUCUUGUGCAGAGCUCCACCAAAGUGUUAAUGUUAAAAACAUUAUCAUUGCAUUAAUUGACAGGUUGGCAUUGUUUGCGCAUCGUGAAGAUGGUCCUGGAAUCCCUGCUGAUAUAAAGUUGUUUGAUAUAUUUUCUCAACAAGUAGCUACAGUAAUCCAGUCAAGACAGGAUAUGCCUUCUGAAGAUGUGGUAUCUUUACAAGUGUCUCUUAUCAAUUUGGCCAUGAAGUGUUAUCCUGAACGGGUGGACUACGUUGAUAAGGUUCUUGAAACUACUGUGGAAAUUUUCAACAAACUUAAUCUUGAACAUAUUGCUACUAGCAGUGCAGUUUCUAAAGAGUUAACACGACUUCUAAAGAUUCCCAUCGACACCUACAACAAUAUACUUACUGUCCUGAAGUUGAAGCACUUCCAUCCUUUGUUUGAAUACUUUGACUAUGAAUCACGCAAAAAUAUGAGCUGUUACAUAUUGAGCAAUGCUCUUGAGUAUAAUACAGAAAUAGUUGGUCAGGAACAGGUGGAUGCCAUUCUGAACUUGGUGUCGACAUUGAUCCAAGAUCAGCCCGAUCAGCCAGCAGAAGAUCCUGACCCAGAAGAUUUUGCUGAGGAACAAAGCCUUGUUGGUAGAUUCAUCCAUUUAUUUCAAUCUGAGGAUCCUGACCAACAGUAUCUGAUUUUAAACAGUGCUAGAAAACACUUUGGUGCUGGUGGAAAUCAACGUAUUCGCUUUACUUUACCACCAUUGGUUUUUGCUGCUUAUCAGUUGGCAUUCUGCUAUAAGGAGAAUUCAAAAGUGGAUGAAAAAUGGGAAAAGAAGUGCCAGAAGAUAUUUUCUUUUGCCCAUCAGACCAUCAGUGCCCUGAUCAAAGCAGAGCUUGCUGAAUUACCCCUUCGCCUAUUUCUGCAAGGAGCACUUGCAGCUGGAGAUAUUGGAUUUGAGAAUCAUGAAACUGUGGCUUAUGAGUUUAUGUCACAGGCAUUCUCCUUGUAUGAAGAUGAAAUCAGUGAUUCUAAGGCACAGCUGGCAGCAAUCACGUUAAUAAUUGGAACAUUUGAGAGAAUGAAAUGUUUUAGUGAAGAGAACCAUGAACCUUUGAGGACACAAUGUGCGCUGGCUGCUUCAAAGUUGCUAAAAAAGCCAGAUCAGUGUCGUGCUGUCAGUAUCUGUGCUCAUUUAUUUUGGUCUGGACGAAAUACAGAUAAGAAUGGCGAAGAGAUCCAUGAUGGCAAGAGAGUAAUGGAGUGCCUUAAGAAGGCCUUGAAGAUAGCUAAUCAGUGCAUGGAUCCCUCAUUACAAGUACAGCUAUUCACUGAAAUCCUUAAUCGAUAUAUAUAUUUUUAUGAGAAAGAAAAUGAGGCGGUGACAAUUCAAGUCUUAAAUCAGCUUAUUCAAAAAAUAAGAGAAGAUCUUCCGAACUUAGAAUCCAGUGAAGAAACUGAGCAAAUUAACAAACACUUUCACAACACACUGGAGCACCUGCGUCUGCGGAGAGAAUCACCUGAAGCUGAUGGACCAAUUUAUGAGGGUCUUGUGUUGUAACUUAGCAUCCCAUAAAAUUAUAGAUUCCAGAAAGCAAAUUAAAAUCUCUAUCACACCACCUUCUCUGUUGUAGAUGGUUAUGGAAUGUGCCUUUUAGACAUGCCAAGACAAUAGGAUUGCCAUUGAAUUGUAUCAUAUUAUUUUCUAUCUUUUGACCAGUUCUAUCAAGGAAGACAUUCCUUUGAAUUUAGCAAGUGAAACUAAAAAUAUUUCAAGAUGCGAUUAAAGGGUAUUUUAUCUUUCACAGCACAAUUAAUUCACGUCCAUUUCAAGUUGAGCAAAGACUAAUCACAAUGACCAAAUUGAUCAUUUAAAGUUUUUAUUACAGUUUAGUUGUAAAAUCAUUGAUUUAGUUCCUGAACUUUAUUUACGUAGCUCAUUUAAGUAAAUUUCUGCAGUGGUUCACUAAGUUUUGUCACUUUAUUUAAAAGCCAAUGCUUUAUUUACCUGGAUUAGCCACACAUGCAAAAUGUUUCUUCAUGAUUCAGAUUAUUAAAUAUCCCAUUGGAUGGAAUGGUAAAUGUUGGUGAAGGAAUUAAGUUUAUGGGUUGGAUCAUAUGGAUGUAGUUAAUGGUUCCAGUCACCUCUGAGAAGUGUAAUUUGUAACUAUAUCUUCUACAAAAUGCAGCAAUCUCACCUGUAUAAUUUGAAAACAAAGGAAUUACAUUGUAUUUAUGAGUAUUAUAAACAAGUUUCUUGUAUCAAUUAGUGACUAAUCUUUCAUAAUAUAUCGAUGCAGUUUUCUUUAGAAACAAAGUUUAUUAUUCAUCACACUAAACUAAACUAGAUUGAUAUUUGUUUCUCUUCCAUGGGCAUAAUCUUAACACAAUUGUUACAUUUUCCUACUAUACAAAUAUACUGUAAUGAAUAGAACAAUUUAGCCAAUUGAGUGUAUACUGGAACUAGGAUAAAAUUCUUAAACUAUCAUUAAAUGAACUAAAACAGGUUGUAUUUGUGUUCCAUUUUGUAAAUGCAGAUAAAUAUAUUCACAAAGUAAUAAGCUUUUUAAAUAUUGGGCAAGUAGGUACACUUUCCAUAUUGAAAUUUUCAGACCAGUACAUUGCACUACAUUUUCUGGCUCCUCCACUUUACAGGACUCAAGUAAAACAAUCAUAAUCUGAAAAUAGAGAUUUCCUAAGUUCAUCAUGUUUAUCCAAUGAAUAAUUUCACCAGAUAGACAAGGAAAGUUGUAUAGAUGGUCAUAUUUUCCUAACUGGAAUGCAAGUCAAGUUCUGCUUUUUACUGUGGCUCCCUUGGUUAGGAAAAAUACUGGUCAAGUUUUCGGCUUUAGUUUGCAAUCCAUCCACUGAGCUGGGAGUAAAAAAAGUGUUUGAGAAAGGAUUGUUUGAUUGCAAUGCCUCAAGCUUCAUAUUCUGCUGAAUGUUCACAAUUUGAGACCUUUGGUGCUAUUUGCAUCACAGUUUAUUCAGGACCAGAUUUCUCAAAGUGAUGAUGGAAGGGGAAACGAUGCAUUAUUUUCUGUAUUCAAAUUGUUUGGAAACCAGUAGUUUUAUGUUAUAGAGUCAUUAUAGAAUGUUUAUUACCUGGAUAUUGUUGACUAUUUUACUUAAAUUUCAAGUUUCUAUUAUUGUUUCUACAACACCAGCAGAACAAGAGAACUUAGCAAUCCUUUUCAAGAGCCAUGUGAAUUAUGUCCUUUUGUCUAUCUCAUUAAAGAUGUAUAACAGUUCUACAUGCCUUAGAUUGAACUAUGCUACAUGUAACAUCAAACUAUCCGAAUUAUUCAAAGCCCAGAAGCAUUUCUUUUGAUAUUUUUGCCAUCAGGUAUUAAAAUUAUCCUGAUAACUUUGAUUAUAGGUAGGCAGUUAUUUUGUAUAUGGUGGUGCCUAAUAUCAUGCAACUCUCUUAUCGGUGUCUUUCUUUGUAGAAAUUCAUAAAUACAAUUAUUUCUGUUUGCUCUUGUGCUUUAUCAUCUAAUUAGACAAGGGCAAAUUAUAUAAAGCAAGCUCUGCUCAACUAUAACAAAAAGGCAAAAGUAAAGCAAAAUUUAAUACACUGAAUGUGCUAAGUGUUCUAGAAGCAAUGAAUUAAUUUACACAAUGUAGAUAAGAAAUGUGUUUUAGCAUUUUACAUCUUUAAGAAAUUGCCUCAAAUUGAACAAAGAAAAACAUCCAUGAAGAUUGGAAACCAAGUUCUCAGAACAGGGUAAUUUACAUGUUUGAACAUUUAAAGAGCAUUUUUUUUUCUUUUAAAGCUUUCCAAUUGUCUGUCCAAGUCUAUAAAUGGCACACUUUUUAAAGUAUCUGGCUUGUUUAGCAGAUGAGGAUUACUCCAUGAAUUGCACUGCUUUUGGUGAGUUCAUGACCUAAUUUGUGUUUUUCUUCCUAAAUUGGUUGGUCAGUUUUCUUAAUCUUUGUUGAAACUAUUGCAUUGUCUAUUUUAGAUAUUGAUAUUGCUUCCCUAGAAUGCUUACUCUCUUUAUAUUCUGCUAGAGGUAUAGUUGUAGUGUUGAAUUCUAUAAUAGUUAUGAGACUUUAUUCUAAAAUUAGGUACAUUGCAUACUUCAUAAAAUCUUGAGCUGCUAAAUUGAUUAAAAAGGUUGUGUUCCCUGUAUUCAGAUGUAUUUGUAUACAUGUAUCCUUGCAACUGAGCAUGUAUUCAUUUCCCUCUUGAGAAAUGAAAUAUACUUUUGGAAAUCACUGUAACAUACUUGUAAGCUUUAUAAUUCCUUUGUAAAUUAACUGAAGUAUUAUGGUCAAUGUAUUCAACAAAAACUAUUAAAAUGCUUGACCAAG